CAAGCCCGUGUGUGUCAGCUUCAACAAGCCGAGCCGCCUAGCCUAGCCAAGCUCCAGACGCAUGCGCAUGACUGGCGAGCCACCGUCCCCGGCUGAAGAGCCUGAUGCUACUCACGGAUGUGAGCCAUGCAAAGAUUUCCAGCCGGUUCCCGAGAUCGAAGGGGAAACUCCCAUGGGAUCAGAACGGACGGAAAUGCGGAAGCGGCAGACAUCUGCAGCCCAGGAGACACCAAGCUCCACCCAGGCACAGCCUGAUGAAGGGAAUCGAGGUUCCAAUGCCUGCUGCUUCUGCUGGUGCUGCUGUUGCAGCUGCUCUUGUCUUACCGUUAGGAAUCAAGAUGAGAGAACAAGAACAGCAUCACAUGAACUCAGAACAGAUGUCAUUCCAAAUUGUGAAGAAAGCUCAACUCCUACCCUGGAAGAUGUCAAUGCCUGGGGCCAAUCAUUUGACAAGUUAAUGAGGACACCAGCAGGAAGAAAUGCUUUCAGAGAAUUCCUCCGAACAGAAUUCAGUGAAGAAAAUAUGCUUUUCUGGAUGGCCUGUGAAGAACUAAAGCGAGAAUCCAACAAAAAACGAAUUGAAGAGAAAGCAAGGCUAAUAUAUGAAGACUAUAUUUCUAUCCUUUCUCCAAAAGAGGUCAGCCUGGACUCUAGAGUAAGAGAAGUUAUCAACCGGAAUAUGUUGGAACCAUCACAACAUACUUUUGAUGAUGCUCAGCUCCAGAUUUACACUUUAAUGCUCAGAGACUCCUACCCACGGUUUAUGAACUCUACUGUUUAUAAGGACUUAGUUCAGUCAGUCUCUGAGAAGUCUGUUGAAGCAUAGAAAUUAAUGUACUUUACACACACAUGGACACAAAUGAUACUCUGGACUGUCAUUCCCUAACACAGAAUUUAGCAUUGAUGAGUUCAUUGCUUGAAAAUAACUCAAACAAAUUGUCAAAUAUGUUCUAAAUAUGGAAGUUUCCAAAACCACUAGCUAUUUGCAACUUUUUUUCUAAGACAAGUGAGAAGUGGUGGCAGAGAAUAUGGAGCACGA